AUGAAACUCCUUAUCAUCUUUGCCUUGGUCACUUUCGCCGCUGCACGCCCUGAUGACGACUACAGCCGUUACGACGGCUUCGACGUAGAUGAACUGAUCGGUAACUUACGUCUUCUGAAAAACUAUGCACAUUGCUUCCUCGAGAAAGGAAAGUGCACACCAGAAGGCAACGACUUCAAAAAAUGGAUUCCGGACGCAGUGCAAACUAAAUGCGGCAAGUGCUCUGAAAAACAAAAGACCCUCAUCGCCAAAGUGAUGAACAGCAUUACUGAAAAGCUGCCCGAGGAAUGGACAGAACUCAACAAACUACACAACCCUGAAGGAAAACACGACGCGCCUCUGAAAGAAUUCCUGGAUAAAUACGGUCAU